UUCCGUUCGACCGCCCUCUUUGAGCUUCUAGGGGCUCCCCAACCCAAAGCGUCACCACCAGCCGGUCCAAUCGGCAUCGCCACUACAAUGCUUUCUGCCGCUCGGGGCGCCUUCAGGGCCGGAGCCCGCCGUUGCAUUGGUGCCCGAGCUGUCGCUGCGCCUGCUCGCACCCUCCCCGUUCCUCGCCUCACCGCAGCCCACGCCGCCCGCCGCUCCUUUUCCGCCUCAGCACCAGUCCUCUCCCAGUCCAACACCCGAGGCGUCGUCGUACAGGCCAUCAGCAGCGUCGCUUCCCAGAGGGAGGUCCAGCAGUACCUCUCCCUCUUCACCUCGGUCGAGUCGCAAAAGUUUGCCGUCAUCAAGGUCGGCGGUGCCAUUCUCACCGACUACCUUGACGAGCUCUGCCAGUCCCUUGCCUUCCUGUACGAGGUCGGCCUCUUCCCCAUCAUCGUCCACGGUGCCGGCCCCCAGCUCAACAAGCUUCUCGAGGAUGCAGGCGUCGAGCCUCAGUUCGAGGAGGGCAUCCGUGUCACCGACGCCAAGACUCUUGCCAUUGCCCGUCAGCUUUUCCUUGAGGAGAACCUAAACUUCACUAAGAAGCUUGAGGACUACGGUGUCAACGUGCGCCCGGCUACGGCAGGCGUCUUCUACGCCGACUAUCUCAACAAGGACAAGUGGGGAUACGUGGGCAAGAUCACCAAGGUCAACACAGAUAUCAUUGAGGGCGCUAUCAACCGUGGCUGCUUGCCGGUGCUUACCUCGCUCGCCUGGACCGCUGAUGGCCAGCUGCUUAACGUCAAUGCCGAUGUUGCCGCUGCUGAGCUCGCCAGGGCUCUCGAGCCUCUCAAGGUCGUCUACCUCUCUGAGAAGGGUGGUCUUUUUGAUGGCGAUGGAAGCAAGAUCUCGACCAUCAACCUCGACGAAGAGUUCGACUGGUACAUGGGACAGGAGUGGUGCAAGUAUGGUACCAGGCUCAAGAUCAAGGAAACCAAGCAGCUGCUUGACACUCUCCCCCGUACUUCGAGUGUUGCCAUCAUCCACCCCCGCGACCUGCAGAAGGAGCUGUUCACCGACUCCGGAGCCGGUACGCUUAUCAGGCGAGGCGGCAAGUUCCUCACUGCGACCAAGGUCUCCGAGUUCGGUGACCUUGCCAAGAUCAAGGAGGCUUUCUUGCGUGACCACACCGACGACCCUGAGGCCAAGACCCAGAUGGAGAACUACUUUGACUAUCUGAGCAAGAACGUCAACUUCAAGGCCUACUACGACGAACAUGUGAGGGUGUUUGCCGUCGUCCUGCCUCCCAAGCAGGACGGCGGUCUGGCUAAGCUUGCCACCUUGACCAUGACUUCGAGCGGUUGGCUCAGCGGUGUGGCUGACACCAUUUUCGCCGCCAUCAGGAAGGACCACAAGAAGCUCGUUUGGGUUGUCGACGACAACGAUGAGAACAUCUCAUGGUUCCAGGAGAAGGCCGACGGUGCCGUGAACCAGAACGGCAAGGUUUUCUUCUUUUACGGAGUCCAGGACAUGAACGAGGUUGUGCCUGCUAUGAACCAGUUCUUCAAGGAGGGUAACGCGACUCUGUACAGCGAAGGAGAUAUGGCCAAGGUCGAGCAGCUCAGCUCUGGCGUAAGCACUUCUGGCGCCACGCAUCCUGUUGGCCGUCCGCAAGGCCAGCAGAUCAGGUCGUACCACACUUCCCCUAGGAGACCUACCGUCACUCAGGCAUUCCGUACCAGCAGGGGCCCGGCCUUGUCCCGUAGCUACGUCAGCACUACGAACCCCAACCCUCCAUUGGGCAAGAAGAAUGCAUCGAACACCAAGCAGGCCAAGGUUGCCCUGAUUGGUGCUCGCGGUUACACCGGCCAGGCUCUGAUUACCCUCCUCAACUCACACCCGCACAUGGAGCUGAAGCACGUCAGCUCGAGGGAGUUGGCGGGCAAGAAGCUUGAGGGCUACAACAAGAGCGAAAUCAUCUACGAAAACCUCAGCCCGGAGGAUAUGACGGACAUGGAGGAGAGUGGCGAGAUCGACUGCUGGGUGAUGGCGCUGCCCAACGGCGUCUGCGCACCAUAUGUCAACGCUAUAUACCAGGGCCGCCGCGGACGUUCUGAUGCUGUCAACAGCGUCAUCGUCGACCUGUCAGCAGACUACCGCUUCGACGACAGCUGGACUUAUGGUCUUCCUGAGCUGGUUUCCCGUGACUCCAUCUCUCAGGCCAAGCGCAUCUCAAACCCGGGUUGCUACGCCACAGGCGCGCAGCUGGCCAUAUCUCCUCUCCUCGAGCACGUCGGCGGUCAACCCUGGAUCUCGGGUGUUUCGGGCUACUCUGGCGCGGGAACCAAGCCUUCACGCAAGAAUGACACGACCUUCCUGGCAGACAACAUGCUCCCCUACAGUCUGACUGACCACAUGCACGAGCGCGAGAUCAGCAGGCAGUUGGGCGUUGAGGUGGCUUUCGUGCCACACGUCGCGCCCUGGUUCUCUGGCAUCCAGCUCACCAUCGGCAUCCCGCUCAAUAAGACGAUGAACAGCCGUGACAUUAGGCACAUCUACCAGGACCGCUAUGCCGGCGAGAGGCUAGUCAAGAUCAUUGGCGAGCCUCCUUUCGUCAAGGAUAUUGCCAACAAGCACGGUGUCGAAAUUGGUGGCUUCCAGGUGCAUUCGUCGGGCAAGAGGGUUGUCGUCUGUGCUACCAUUGACAACCUCCUGAAGGGUGCUGCGACUCAGUGUUUGCAAAACAUGAACCUUGCUCUCGGUUACGCCGAGUACGACGGCAUACCCAUAAUGUAG